AUGGAAACCGUUGGUUCCGGCUUCCAUCCAGGUACAUCAGCGUAUCCAGCGUCAAAAUUACAUCACUUGGUCGACGUAUUAUCCAGGAAACUGAUACGAGAAUUCAAGAUCCCGGUCGAACAAUCACUCACCGCAUUCAUGAUCCCUGAUACCCUCCAAAUACUCAAACCAGACGAAAUCUUCAUCUGUUUCUCCGGUAAUGGACCGAUUGACGAAAUUACUAAAAUUCCUAUGGCUUACCUUGAAGGCGAAGUUUUAGCUUAUCGAUCACCGUGUAAAGUACCAACAGAUGUUCGACGAUUCAAAGCCGUUUAUCGCCCCGAGUUAACCCAUCUCAAAGACUGUAUAGUCCUCUCGGCGAAGAGCGAGUUGUGCAAGAGAUCACCUGCAAGCUAUAUGAGUGGAGGCGAUUACGACGGAGAUACUCUUCAGCUGUUCUGGGAUAAAGACAUCGUUGAGCAUUUCCGAAACCCUGAAGAUAUGUACGCUGAGACACCGGAUGAUUUUGAAAAGGAGAAUUUCGACAAGGAGAUUAUGAAAGGGACGGAAUUCUUGAACAAGAUCGAAUGUCUGGAUGAAGAGAGUAGUACUAGAGAGAUGCAGGGAUGGUUACUUGGCGCGAUGAUGGGUGAUGAGUUGACAGGAAAAUACUCUGAUUUACAUGGUAAUGCUGUGUACACCUUGGGGUAUUCCCAUCCUGAAACGAUCAGAUUAGCCAGAAUGUUCUGUCAUGUUCUAGAUGCUCGUAAAUCCGGAUUACGAGUCAAAAAGGAAAAGAGGAAGGGGGACGUGGAGAAAUACGGUGGAGAGUUGGAAUGGAGAUUAUGGAAGAAAGAUGAUGACUCGAGCGGUCGUGGAAGCAAUCCUAUCAUGCUGAAAAGGGGGAAGGGGUUGGGUCCCUUUGUUAUGGAUGUCCUCAUGGAAGAGGGCAUAAAGUGCCGUAACGAAAUCAUGCAGUUCUUCCCGAGUGGUCUCGUGGAAGACGAUCCCCGAGUCAAAGAUUCCAAGUUCCUUGAUGACUGGAAAGAUCUCAGACAGCUGUGGCGAAAUCUCACCGAAAGAAGUCAAGAUGUUACUCUCCAGGAAGACUUGAAAAAGAUCAAAAACCACGUUAAAGCGUGUUACACCAUUCGACAGAACAUCAUGUCAGAUCGUUGUGACGAUAUUACAACGGCGUACAAUGUUUUGGUGGGAGGGAAAACUAUCGUACCUUCACCUAGGAAAUCAAGAAUUGGAUCAAGUAUUAUCAAUGGGAAAAAAGCCGAAUCAUCGGAAAGAAGUUUAGAGAUGUUAACGAAUAUACGACAAUUAGCUCACAUCUGGCAGACGAAACCGACCUUACAUGAGAUACCUAAUUUGGAGAUAUGGGGAGAUGAUUUGAUCAAGAAAGUGAAAAUCAGUUGUUUGAGUGAAAUGCCUAGUGACAAGAAGAAACAAUUCUGCGGAUUCGACUUUGACUUUAGCACGAUCUGCGAGAUGAAAGCUAAAACUACUGGGAAAGAUCCGAAGACUAUCUUGCAACCCAUCUAUAUGGAUAUGAAACCGCGAUGA